GAGGCACAGAAGGAGACUGCGAGAGGAGCAAGGAAUUACACACAAAAACAGCAGAACCAGAACACCCUCCCCUGGACACACCCUGCCGAGGAUCACUGCUUCUCUUUUUUCUGAAACAUCACCCACGCCACUCGGAGAGAACGCUCUCCCUCAUCAUCAUCCAGUAGAAAAGCCCUUUCUCCUCAUUUUCAUCCUAUAGAGGACACAUACAAUCUCAGAGGGCUGAGAUCCCUUGGCGAAGAUUGUAUUUUUUUCCUUUUUUUCUUUUUUUUUCUUUUAAGUUUGACUCCUGACAGAACAUAAGGGCCAUAUAAUAUAAAGGCCGAAGAGCAUAUAAGAGACUCAGCCUUCAAAUUCAAGAUCAGUGCAAAGGAGGACCUAGAUUUCUUUCAUUGUACGUCAAGAAUGGUUACUAUAAUCAGCACCAUGGAAACCCAGGUGUCCAACGGUCCAAGCGGAACCAGUCUGCCUAACGGUCCAGUCAUUAGCACAAAUGGCUCCACAGAUGACAGUAAAACCAACCUGAUCGUCAACUAUCUGCCUCAGAACAUGACCCAGGAAGAAUUCAAAAGUUUGUUUGGUAGCAUUGGAGAAAUUGAGUCCUGCAAGCUAGUCAGAGACAAGAUAACAGGACAGAGUUUGGGAUAUGGUUUUGUAAACUAUGUUGAUCCAAAUGAUGCAGACAAGGCUAUUAACACACUCAACGGUCUCAAAUUGCAGACUAAAACAAUCAAGGUAUCGUAUGCCCGGCCAAGUUCGGCUUCCAUUCGUGAUGCCAACCUUUACGUGAGUGGACUCCCCAAAACCAUGAGCCAGAAGGACAUGGAACAGCUGUUCUCCCAAUAUGGUCGAAUUAUCACCUCACGGAUUUUAGUGGACCAAGUUACAGCAGGCAUAUCACGAGGAGUGGGCUUCAUCCGGUUUGACAAGAGAAAUGAAGCAGAGGAGGCCAUCAAAGGACUGAACGGACAGAAGCCUUUGGGUGCUGCCGAGCCCAUCACUGUCAAGUUCGCCAACAACCCCAGCCAGAAGACAGGCCAGGCCUUACUGACUCAGCUGUAUCAGACUGCUGCUCGCCGCUACACGGGGCCCCUCCACCACCAGACUCAGCGUUUCAGUGUGAUCCCUUCACUUGGAAAGGGACCAGAUCCAAAUAACAGCUCAAAACCAAUACUCGACAAUUUACUAAACGCCAGCUACGGAGUUAAGAGUUCUCCUACUCUCUUCCCCAGAUUCUCACCCAUCACCAUUGACAGCAUGACCAGUUUGGCAGGGGUCAACCUUACUGGUCCGACUGGAGCCGGCUGGUGCAUCUUUGUGUACAACCUGUCCCCUGAGGCGGACGAAAGCGUCCUGUGGCAACUCUUCGGGCCUUUCGGUGCUGUCACCAAUGUCAAGGUUAUCCGUGACUUCACCACCAACAAAUGUAAGGGCUUUGGCUUUGUCACCAUGACCAACUACGACGAAGCUGCCAUGGCUAUUGCUAGCCUUAACGGCUACCGCCUGGGUGACCGCGUGCUGCAGGUUUCCUUCAAGACCAGUAAGCAGCACAAGGCCUGAGAGAGAGGCUGCUGGCGCCAGCUCCUUCAACCUGCAGGGAGAGCAGCUCCCUGUGCCAUCACUCUACAUGGGCCUGGACUGAGUCUCUCUCACACAAAUUCAUAAAACGGAAUCACAGACACAGACAUGCAGAUACAUGCAUACAUGCACACACAUAACACAAACAUAUCCAUAUGCAAGCAUACACAAGUCAGAGUUUCAAGUAAACACACUAGUGGAGUUUUUCUUUUCUCUUUACACAACAUGCUAGUCCUUCCCUAUAUUUGCCUGGAUUGAAUUAGAAGGGGUACGUAGCGGGUGGUGUUGGGUAGGGACAAGAGCUAUCUAUUUAGGAGACAGUCUAACGAAUGUGACGGAGAAUGUGUACUGAGUGCUUUGAUUGAAUUCAGGCAAAUAACAACAACUGAUGAACAAAACGAUCAAACAAUUUAAGUGAACGAAAUAUGUGCAAUUUACCCAAACUCUUACCCCACCAUCUCUCCCAUUAUCUUGCUGGAGAGAAUGUAGUCACUUUUUUACACUUGGGCAUUUUGAAUCAGCAAGUUUUUUUAGAUCAAAGAAAAUGAAAUUAAAAAACAGUGUUCUCUUAUAUACGUCUAUUAAAAUAUAACUAUAUAUUCAAUAUUUAAGGUGGUUAUAAUAGCCGAGUAUGUAAGCAUUUUCUAGAAACUUUGACUACUGUUUCCUGACCUGCAUUAGGUGGUGCCUAGUGUAACGGCAGUUUCUCUACCCUAUCUGGGCUCGUUAGCUCAGACCCAAUAUGAUUUAGGUUAACUAGUGAAUACUGGUCACAGAAAAGAAUAGUCCGAAGGCCAUCAGAAUCACUUUCCCUCACAGUCUCACAACAAACAACACAAUAGUACACAUAUGUAUCACAGAAACACAGUUCAGUAACUAGAAGAUUUACACAUAUUUAGUCCAGUAAAGCUGUAUUUUUUCUAAUCGAUCCUUAAAAUGGAUUUAAUACAAGCAGACUGUCUGUGAACUUAGAGCAGAGUGGCAGAGCUCCCAUGGUGACAGUGUUCAUUAGUAAGUCUCUGGUGGCCGAGAGAGAGAUGAGUGCGAGGGGAAAAGUGUUUCAACAUAACACAGCCAUGUCAGAGGAAAAUACCGGUGUUUUUUUUUUUCACUUUUUGCAUCAUUUUCAGAUUCUCCACAGGCUGUUGUAUUUCGCAUGGCUCUGUCAGUCAUUAUCUGGCAUGAGAUCCUUUUAACUGAGAAGGCAUUUGGUGUUAAAAGGUCAAGAGAAGCUAAAGACGGACAAUUUUAAAUGCUCUUGUACUCAAGAUAUUGAGUAUAUUUGACGUAUUCAAUGUUUUUUGCAAAAGAGUUACAACUGAAACAUUGUGGACUCAACAACGGUCAAGGCUGAGAACUAAAACAGAUGAGCAAAAACUAAAGAGCACCGGUAUUAUUCCUAAGUGCACAGAUAGAAGCUCCCCAAAAAAAAAAAUGAGGUCAAAGUUUUACAUUUCAGUAGAAUUUAUGGGCUCUACAGUAAAAAUAUGACUAGAGAAGAUUAAGUAAACUGCAGUUCCUAAAGACUGAACACUUAAAGCUGACUUAGAGUCAUGUCUGCGAGUGAUGAUAUCCAGCAAUGUAAAGAUUAUCACUGAUCCAGUGAGGAGAAAUAUUAACAGCUCCUCCAACUUUGCUAAACGCUCCUCAGUUUUACUUUAAAACCCUUUUAUUCUCACAAAAGCUUCCCAGAAACUUUGAAUUCCUGCCCUGUCAAAAGAUGACUGCACAAAAUCAAGCUUGCAGAAAAAAAAAAAGUGUCAUAAUUAUUUUUCUGUUUACAACAGAAAAGUAUUUAUUUAUUUAUUUGCUUCAGAUCUGUUUGGCACUACCACUAAAAUAGCAUUUCUAAAAUAUCCCCAACCCAACUGCAUGAAGAUUAUUUAUGGCACCCUUGAUGAAACAUUAAGGCCAACCAGACUGAUGAUUUACCAUGGGGAGAGCUAAUGUCUUUCAAUAUCAAGACAACUGCACACGAUAAUAGAUUAAAUAAGGUCAACUAUAUUCAAGACACUUUUGCUUUUUGCUUUUCUAAAUGACGCUGUGUUAGCCAAAGAGGACGAUCUCUUUGAAAGGAUUACAUUAGAGAUAAAUCUAUUUUUAUACAUACAAAGGAACAAGACCUUGUGCUGAAUUUUUACAGAUUCUUAAGCUUGGAAAAAUUGGGACAUCGCAUGGCUUUAUUUUAAACCCUCUGAUCUUUGCAGAGCAAGGGGGAACAAGCAUGCGGUGUAUGGGUGGGGAUUUAGGGAGGGGGCGAAGGAACAAUGUAUCUCAUACAAAUGUAACUGUCUAACCAUAUCAAAACGAUUGAACUGAACCUAACAAAAACCAAUUUGAUGGAGAAAAAAGUUACAGUUAAACAGUUGGGGGUAUAACCUGACAGACAUAUCUAUACUUUUGACUGCUUAGACACACACACACACACACACACACACAUCUCUUGUCCUGAAGUUGUGUACAGUGUUGCUUCAAUGAUGGUGCAGUGAAAUUAAGUUCUUUGACUUGAGAAUCCCAGACAAAGUUGCAAUGAGCCCAGCUCAUGGCCCAGCUGGAAAAUUAAAUAGCUGCUUGCAAAAUAAAAUAAAAAAAGGUAAAAUGCAGAUUGAAACAGUGAUGCAGAUUCAUAAUGAAGAUUGAGCAUGAGUCUUUACGAUUAGAUAGAUUUGAUUUUUGCCAAAGAAUUGCUUUGCAAGUCAGUACAAGAAGGUUAAAUUAAGACCUACUAUAAUAUUCCCUGAGUAAUUGCUGUACAAAUCGAUGUUAUUUAUUGAAUAAGGACCCUCUACAAUUUCAGUUAUCAUUACUUUUGAACUUAUAAGUUGCGCAUAUCAGUUUACAUUUGUAAAUCUUUAAACCACUAAACCAAAAGCGGCAGAUGCAAGCAAUCCCAUUUGCACACAUUUCAUGCAGACACCGAAUGAUAAAAGGCAUAUCAAAAAAUAAACUGCGAUGAAUCAGUUCACCUCUUAACGAAGGAAAAAUGCAUCCUCCUAUAAUAUUUCCCCUGACAUUUAAAUCAUCUGCUUUGUCUUGUGACUACUUUAUCCUUCAAAACCAUUGCACCACUUCAAAUACUUAUACAGGCAUCUUUCAAUCUGACUCAUGCUGUUUCAUCCCCUGAAAUACUCUGAAUGAUUGUUGGUGGCAUGUCCAGAGCUGACCACAUAAAAGGACUAAUCUAGUUAUUUUUGGUCAUGCAAUUUGCAAGAGAUAGCACAGUACAACUGAGCACUUGGUGAGACCAGUGAUAGACGUUAGGAACAACCAAGAUAACAGGCCACGUUGAGCUGCAGCUGGAGUUGUUUACCCAGCCAUGUCCGAUGUAGAACAGUCAACCCACAAACCAAACCCGCAGUCCAAAAAGAACCUUCAUACAUAGUCUAUACAAAGACCAACAUCUGAUGUACAGUAAAGAGCCAAGGACCAUGGCAGGAAACAGUACUACACUGCUUGAGCAACAACAAUAAUCAUUUAAAAAAGACAAAAAAACUUUCCUAUGGAACAGUAAGUGCAAUGUGCUUUGUUUUUAUAUUGACUGAGAACAAAUGAUAUAUAUUUUUUAAAAAAGAAAUUAAAUGUCACACUGAAAAGGUUUGCGGAAUAGUGAAAGGAGCAAAAAAACGAACAGACUCAUUAAUAAAUCAAACAAGCAAUGAGAGCUCUGAUCUUAAAAUUGCCAUAAUCACUUCCUCAGCCCCUAAUUUGUGCUCUGACCAUGCUAGCUCAAACUGCAUAUUUGGCUGACUUAAUAGAGCAAUUCUCAAUGACCUUGAAAGGAAUCCUGUCUAAUAUAUCAUCAGUUUUAGCCCAUGUCAAUUUCAAAUAUCAUUUUUCCUGUAAUUUAUUGAUUUCAUUUACAUAUCAAGACUCACAUGUUAAAUUAGUGUAUUUGUGUUGUUGAUGUUGCCAUAGAGAACACACAUGGGUCAAAGAUUAUGUUUGGUUGCAUUGAUUGGGUAAAGUUUGUUAUUUUUCUUCCAUUAUUUAAUUAGUUGCAGUUUACAGUGUAUGCAGAUUUUAGACUUAGUUAGAUUUUUUUCUUUCAAUCAAUCUGUGUUCAAUUGUGUUUGUAAAGUCUGUGGUAGCUUUUGUUGCAACAUAAAAUAAUUUAAACAGAAAAAAUUCAAAAUAGCGCCAACAAACUUGUAUUAUUUGGGCGACUUUAAGCUUGUAGUUUUAACUUAUUGUUAACUUAAAAACUAUUUAUUAUGAUUAUUAUUAUUGCCUCGUAUAAAGUAUGUUUUGUGUAUAUUUAUGGUUUAUUUCAUUAUAUUUGCAAGUUUAAAAGAUUUUAAGUUUGCCAAAAUUGUGGUUACACCAUUUCGUUUCUUAAAAAGGGGGACAAAUAGAAAAACAGCUUUAGAAGUACGAUUUGGAAACGUUCUCCAUAGUCAAAGAAUGCACUGCUAUAUUUAACUAAUUGAAGUGUAUAAACAUACAUGCUUUGUGCUAGAUGUUAUGCCUUUACUGCCUGUGUUCUGUUUGUCUUGUUAAAUGAAAAUCUUUUAAUUAUUUAAUCUAAUCACAGUCUUGUUUUUUCAACCACUCGGUGAACCCCUGAGACAUGGCACAGCCCCUGUAGUGAGGCCUGCAACUAGCCAGGAAGUGAGGGGAUGUCCUCAGCUUGAUAUGCUCACAAGAAGCUUUCCUGUUUAUGCUGAUGGGUUGAGUUACAAAAAAAAAAAAAAAAAAAAAAAAAAAAAAGGAUAUUAGGGGUUCAGUUUACAUAGCUUCAUUGUAUACUGACAUCACCUGUAUCAAUUUCAAUAUCACUUUUUGCAUCUUAAGCCUCAAUACACAAUUGGAAACCUAGCCAGAAGCUCCAACAAAAAUAUUGCAGAGCUCAGAAAAGCUGCAGGAAGGUUUUCUUGGGAGUCUUUAGGGUACCGGAGGGGUGAGUGGUCCUUCUGUUUCUCAACCAACUGUAUUUUGUGUCUAUUUAUUUAGAAGAGGGGACGCAGUAACUUAGUGAUGUUUUUCUUACAUUUUCCUGGAAUGGUAGAACAAAUCAAAAGGUGAAAAUGAUCAAAACAGUUCCGUUGACACCAAUGUCAGCGAAAAAAAAAUACAGAAUCUCAUACUUCCAAACAUGACCAAAUGAACAAUAUCAAAAUUUAACAAAGAAAAAAAGAAAAGAAAAAAAAAAAACCUUUCAGUUUAGACUAGGAUAUUUAUUACUGGGAUUUCAGCUGAAGACGCUUGAAGACUUUUUCAUGGAAUUGUUUAAUUAUUUGUACUUUACAUGCCAGAAAAAAAUAAAAUAAAAGCUACAAAUAUGA